AUGAAGGAAGUGGGGAAGGAGAUCAAGUAGUACACUGAAUUGAAUGGCAGAACAGAGUCUAAUUUAAUUGACACCUUGAAUGCUUUGUACAACUAUGACAUGCCAAAGCAAAAAUUAAGAUCACAUAUGUAGUCUAAAGAUCAAUUGUCACUAAUGCCUUACAAGCAAGGCUACCUAGAGGAAUAUGAAUUCGUAAUGAACAAUAAAGUACAAUCUAAAAGUGAUGCGAUUUAAGCCUCUGUUUCUGAUAUUAACCCGGGAGUCAGAAGUGCUUUGAGUGCAGCUGGAACUACAAAUUCAGCCUUGCCUGAUUAUGUCAAGAAAAUAAAGACAAUGAGUUCGAUCCCCUCUCACUUACUCAAGGAACUACCUUCGAAGUUGUCGUUUAUGGCUGAUUAAACACUUGCUGAAAGGGAAAGUAACCCAGCAUAUGAAAGAAUGCAAAGAGUGUAGUUCAAGAGAGAAAUUGAGAACUCUAUCUAGAAGGUAUCUGAAAUCAGUAAAGACCAACUAGGAAGUUAAAUUCCUAACUAAGAUUAAAUAAUGCAGUAAGAGAUUGAUAAAUAAGGAGAUUCUAAUCAAGAGGAGUAAUUAGGACUUGACAAGAAAUAAAUAGAGAAAGUAGAUGCUAAUAUGGAGGAUGAAAGUCAUCAAAAUGAGUUGCUUUAGCUACAACAAUAGUAAUAAUUGCAAGAGUAGUAAGAAUAGGAAAGGAGAUAGCUUAAGAUAGAAAAAUAGAAGAAGAAAAAGUAGAAGCAGUCCUAGCAGUCACAAGAACUUUGGACUUUUAGUGCUGGAACCCAAGCCUCUAAGAAUUUAGAUGAUUUAUUCAAAUAUUGA